AUGGUAAAGCGACAGAAGGAAAAGCAAUAUCAAUCUGGGCGAGAACAUAGGCAAAAUGCUCAGUUGCGAUCUGGAUCUGGAUUGACUGGCGGUGUUGUUCAGCGUAUACUCCCAUUUCAGUGUUGCGCGCUAACACUCGUCCCAUACACUCAACCAGUCUGCAAUGCCCAAGGAAUCUUAUUUGAUAGUGUCGCUCUGAUGGAAUUCGUGAUGAAACACAAGAAGGAUCCUGUCACUGGAGAACCGCUGACAACUCGGGAUGUCGUUUCCCUUCGUAUGGAUAAGGACGACGAGAAUCGAUGGCAGUGUCCAGUUUUGACGAAACCCUUUGCCGAUCAUACUAAAAUUGUCGCAAUCGUUGACCGAACCAGCAGCAAGAACAAUAACGUCGAGGCCUAUGUAUAUUCCUUUGAAGCCUACAAGGAACUAAAUGUCAAGGCAAAAAAUUGGUUUGACUUGACGACGGGGAAGAAGUUCUCUCCAAAAAGGGAUGUCCUAAUUCUCAAUGAUCCACAAAACGAGGACUUUCAGAAGCAGCGUGAUAUUCGAGGAUUUUGGCACAUACAGAACUCUCGAUCGCUGGAUCAAAAAAAGCAACAAUUGAACGUACAUCACUCUGUCACAGCAACCCGCAUCAUGGAAAAGCUCAAACAAGAUAAAAAGAAGCGACCGACUCCUGGAUCGACGUCCAACGACACGGAACAUAAUUGUGGCAGCGAUCAGCCAUUGAAAAAACUCAAAAUCUACUCCGACGAUGUCACCAAUGUGCAAUACACGUCUGGGAAGGCUUCUGGAUCCUUUACAAGUACCGCUAUGGAUGUUCGAAAUGAAAAUACUACACGGGAAGCAACGCAAGAAGAGGUCUUGCAGGCUCAGUUUCAAGUGAUGCGAGCGCAGAAGGAAAAGGGAUACGUGCGCAUGAUUACGAGCAUGGGGGAUCUAUUAUUGGAAUUGCAUUGUGAUAUUGCCCCAAGGACGUGUACCAACUUUUUGGGUUUAUGCCAAGCCAAAAAAUACGACGGGACUGCUUUCCACCGGUCUAUUUCUUCUUUCAUGAUCCAGGGAGGACAAAGACUCUCUGGGGAAGGAAAUAAGGACGACAUGAGUCUUUGGGGUGGGACUUUUGCUGAUGAAUUUGACGACCGUUUGAAACAUGAUCAAAGGGGAGUCUUAAGUAGUGCUAACGGUGGUCCCAAUACCAAUAAGCGCCAGUUUUUUAUUACUUUCAAAGCAACACCGCAUUUGGACCGAAAGCAUUCUGUCUUUGGCCAAGUUGUAGACGGCGAAAAAGUCUUGAAAGAAAUGGAGAAGGCUGCAACGGACAAGAAGGACAGACCUGUUGAUCCAAUCAAGAUUCUAGCAACAGAGGUUCUGGUAGACCCUGCCAAGGAGGCGGAGGACAAGGAGUUUGCACGCUUGCAAGGAUUAAGAGAAGGAAGAACGGAAGCAGAGCGCCAAAAGCAAGCGAGGUCAUUGGGCAAGACUGCUUUGCCUUUGGAUAGACCUGGCGGAAGUAUUGAGAGCAGAAAUAGCACUGCAACGAUUGGGAAAUACUUGUCUCAAACAAUGAUUCAAUCAACAGAUGUUUCAGCAGACAUUGAUGUCAUUAUUCCAUCAGCACCAUCUGCUAGUAAGAUGAAAAAGAACAAAGUCAAAACAAAUACUCAGUUUGGAAACUUUAGUUCUUGGUGA